AUGAAAUGUGGAAACAUAUUAGACCAAGUCUCUCUCUUUUUUUUGGUGUCAGUUCUCAUUUUCAAUCAUUUAGUAGCCAUAGCAGAAGCCAAAGAAAGUAGCUUUAAGACUUACAUAGUUCAUGUGAAGAAGCCAAAACAUUACGAAGUGCUUUCAGCUCAGUCAACUAGCCAUAUGGAUAGUUGGUACGAGACAUUUUUACCUCCUAGUAGUGCUAAUACCACCACCACCACCGGCGGCUCAACCAAGCACCCUCGUAUGGUUCACACAUACCGGAAUGUGGCCACCGGAUUUGCGGCUAGGUUGACGGCGGAGGAGGCCGAAGCCUUGGCGGAGAAAGACGGCGUCGUUUCAGUUCAACCAGAGAAAAUCUACACUUUACACACAACUCAUAGUCCAAAUUUUUUGGGGUUACACCAAGGAUUAGGAUUGUGGAAUGAAACCAAAUUAGGCCAAGGAGUUAUCAUAGGUGUCCUCGACACCGGGAUAUGGCCAGACCACCCUUCGUUUAGUGAUGAAGGGGUUCCUCCUCCACCGCCUAAAUGGAAAGGCACGUGCGAGUUUACCGGCAGCGCGUGUAACAACAAGCUUAUAGGAGCAAGGAAUUUUGUGACAGAGUUGGACAAAACAGGGGAGCUUAAAAGUCUGCCUCCGUUUGACGUGAACGGUCAUGGGACUCACACUUCGAGUACGGCAGCCGGGAAUUUUGUUCAGGGCGCUAAUGUGUUCGGAGAAGCCAACGGCACGGCAGCCGGAAUGGCACCUUUUGCUCACGUGGCGAUGUACAGAGUAUGCGAAGCUGGUUGUUAUGGAGCUGACAUAUUAGCUGCAAUCGACGCUGCCGUAAGUGAUGGCGUCGACGUUCUUUCUCUCUCAUUCGGUGCAGGCUCGACUCCGUUCUACGCUGACUCGAUCGCCAUUGGCGCCUUCGCCGCCGCCCAAAAGGGUAUUUUCGUCAGCUGCUCGGCCGGAAACGAGGGUCCUGGUUACUUUACGAUGGCCAAUGAAGCUCCGUGGAUUCUCACUGUCGGAGCUAGCACCAUUGAUAGGAGAAUAAAAGCCACUGUGAAGCUCGGAACCGGAGAAGAAUUCGAGGGCGAAUCGUUGUUUCAGUUUGAGCCUAAGGACUACGACCAAACGACAUUGUUGCCGCUAGUCUACGCCGGUUCGAAUGGCAACGAUUCCUCUGCGUUUUGCAUGCCGGGAUCGCUCCAAAAAGACGUUGUGGCGGGAAAAGUAGUCGCCUGUGACAGAAGUGUAGAGAUUGGAAGAAUCGAAAUGGGAAAAGAAGUGAAGAGAGCCGGCGGCGCCGCCAUGAUUCUGAUGAACAAAAAGAUUGAUGGGUUCAGUACAUACGCUGAUCCUCACGUGCUUCCAGUGAGUCAUGUGAGUUACGCCGCCGGAGUGAAGAUCAAAUCCUAUAUAAAUUCAACCUCGACAACCCCAGAAGCCACAAUCUUGUUCCAAGGAACUGUGAUAGGAGAUUCUCAUUCUCCGGCGUUGACUUCGUUCUCCUCCAGAGGACCAAACUCGGCAAGUCCUGGGAUUCUAAAGCCGGACAUUGUAGGUCCCGGGGUCAGCAUAUUAGCCGCAUGGCCGUCCUCGGUGGACAACUCUACUUCAAACAUACCGUUUAAUAUGAUUUCGGGUACUUCUAUGUCUUGCCCACAUCUCAGUGGUAUUGCAGCUCUGCUAAAAGGCUCUCACCCUGACUGGUCUCCUGCCCCUAUUAAGUCCGCCAUCAUGACAACUGCCGACGUUGUCAACUUCGGAGGAAAGCCCAUUUUGGACGAAAAGGCUUCUCCAGCAGACAUUUUUGCCAUAGGGGCAGGCCAUGUGAACCCGUCCAAAGCAAACAAUCCAGGUCUAAUCUACAACAUUGAACCAGAAGAUUACAUUCCUUAUCUUUGUCGAUUGAACUAUACAGAUGAUCAAGUUUCGGUCAUUACACAAGAAACAGUAAAGUGUUCAGCUGUGAAAAGCAUAGGAGAAGCAGAGCUUAAUUAUCCAUCGUUUUCUAUAAUUUUGGGUUCAGAAACUCAGAGCUAUAAUAGGACAGUGACGAAUGUUGGUGAGGCUAAUUCAAUCUACACUUUGGAGGUUUUCCCACCAGAGGGAACUGGGGUUGGUGUGAAGCCUAAUAAGAUUAUGUUCAAUGAGGUUUACCAGAAGGUUGUAUAUACAAUUAAUAUUUUCUCAAUAAGUGGUGGAGCUAGGACCAAUAGGAAGGGUUUUAGUCAAGGAUAUUUGAGAUGGGUUUCUGAUAAGUACUCUGUUAGAAGCCAAAUAUCUGUCGUAUUUGAUUGAAUAUUGAGUUAAAAUGGUUGAAAAGACCAAAAUAUUACAGCAU